AAAGACAACAAACAAAAUGUUAAAUUUCAAAAAUUAACGCGCGUUCGUUCCACAACAUCAACAGCCUGGCAACUCUGCAUUCCACUCCCUCUCUCGCUCACUCACAUGAAAUAUAAAAUGCACUAAAUUGUACCAAACGGGUGCGAAGCAACGAUAACACGCGAAUGUUGGAUUAAAAUGUUUUGUGUGUUAAUGUUUAUAAAACAAAUAAAAACCCGGCAAUAAUGCAAAAAAAUGCAAUAAAAAUGUCCGCGUGUGUUCAUGUGUGUGUGUAAAUGUCGCGGAUAUGUUGUCGCUGGGAGACCGCGCGAAGUGCCGUCGCCGUCGUCGCACCCUCGUUCCCCCCGUCGUCGUGGUCGUCCAUGCUACUCCCAGUCACAGCCACAGCCACAGUCCCCCCAGCCCCUGCCCACUGCUGCUGCCCGCCGGCGUCGACACCCCCACCGCUGCCCUGCUGCUAAACACCGCGGCUUCUGGCCCGCGCCAGGAAAUGAAUAAUCAUAAAAAGAUUAUUAUAAUAUAACCUUUGAAUUGGAAACAACAGCAGCAGCAACCAACAAAUAGUACGGGAAGAUGUUCAAGAUCUGUUUGUAGGUAGGCAGGCAAGUGUUAUCAGCAGGGGCGGGAGCCAGCCACAAACAAAAAAAACAGCCCCACAAACAACAAAGCGGUAAAAAUGCGUGUGACUUAAGAGCGAGAGUGUUGUUAUUGUUGUUGUUGCUGAACUUGAACCAAACAAGACACCUCCCCCCCCUCCCCCACGCACCAACUCGCUCUCUCUCUCUGUCUCCCUCUCUCACUCUCCCACGCGCUGUGCACACAACCGGGAACACAACCGUUAAAUCGCAGACCAUUCCCCUUGCAAAAAAUAAAUACAUAAUAAAAACGAGAGACUAGCGGCCAUCAUCCAAAUAUAAAAGAGAAUGCAGGCCAAAAAGCGUUACAUUCUCGUCUUUGUGUGCUGCGCCUUCCUGGCCUACGCCUACUUCGGUGGCUAUCGGCUGAAAGUGUCGCCGCUGCGUCCACGCCGCGCCCAGCACGAAUCGGCCAAAGAUGGGGGCGUGCAACCGCCGUACGAGCAGCUGCCCAGCUUCCUGGACCAUGCGGAUCCAUUGGGGCCACUGGCCGGUCAUGGCAAUGGAUCUGCGGCCGCACUGGCAGCACUGGGGCGCAACGAUUCGAGACGCAGUCGAGGAUCGGAUUGUCGGAUGGAGACGUGCUUCGACUUUACCCGCUGCUACGAACAGUUCCUGGUGUACGUAUACCCGCCGGAGCCGUUGAAUUCGCUGGGCACUGCACCGCCCACAUCGGCCAACUACCAGAAGAUACUCACUGCCAUACAGGAGUCGCGCUAUCACACCAGCGAUCCGACGGCCGCCUGCCUCUUUGUGCUGGGCAUGGACACGCUGGAUAGGGACUCCCUCUCCGAGGACUAUGUGCGCAAUGUGCCGUCGCGCUUGGCCCGCCUGCCGCACUGGAACAACGGCAGGAAUCACAUCAUCUUCAAUCUGUAUUCGGGCACCUGGCCGGACUAUGCGGAAAACUCGCUGGGCUUCGAUGCGGGCCAUGCCAUUCUGGCCAAGGCCAGCAUGAGUGUGCUCCAGGUGCGACAUGGCUUCGAUGUCAGCAUUCCGCUAUUCCACAAGCAAUUCCCACUGCGGGCCGGCGCCACAGGCUCUGUGCAGUCCAACAAUUUUCCGGCCAACAAGAAGUACCUGUUGGCCUUUAAGGGCAAGCGCUAUGUGCAUGGCAUUGGCUCGGAGACGCGCAACUCCCUUUUCCAUUUGCACAACGGACGAGAUAUGGUCCUGGUCACCACCUGUCGCCACGGCAAGAGCUGGCGAGAGCUGCAGGACAAUCGCUGUGACGAGGACAAUCGCGAGUAUGACAGAUACGACUACGAGACUCUACUGCAAAAUUCCACGUUCUGCCUGGUGCCACGCGGCCGUCGCUUGGGUUCGUUUCGAUUUCUCGAAGCCCUGCAGGCGGGCUGCAUCCCCGUGCUAUUGUCCAAUGCCUGGGUGUUGCCUUUUGAAUCGAAAAUCGAUUGGAAACAGGCCGCCAUUUGGGCCGAUGAGCGGCUCCUGCUGCAGGUGCCCGAUAUCGUGCGCUCCAUCUCAGCGGAAAGGAUCUUUGCCCUGCGACAGCAAACCCAAGUCCUGUGGGAACGCUACUUUGGUUCCAUCGAGAAAAUCGUCUUCACAACCUUCGAGAUCAUUCGCGAACGCUUGCCGGACUAUCCGGUGCGCAGCAGUCUGGUGUGGAACAGCUCACCCGGCGCCCUGCUCACGCUGCCCACCUUCGCCGACAGUUCAAGAUUCAUGCCUUUUAUGCUCAAUUCGAUGGGAGCGGAGCCGCGGCACAAUUACACGGCCGUCAUUUACGUGCAAAUUGGAGCAGCCAUGGGCCCAAAUGCGGCCCUCUACAAGCUGGUCAAGACCAUAACGAAGAGCCAAUUUGUGGAUCGUAUUCUUGUGCUGUGGGCGGCUGACCGCCCGUUGCCAUUGAAGAAACGUUGGCCCCCAACCUAUCACAUACCCCUGCAUGUGGUUGCCCUGGGGGGAAACAGUCGGAGUGGCGCCGGGCCGACGGGCCAAACGACUGAGGAACGACCGAGCAUAUCACAACGAUUCGUGCCCUACGAUGAGAUUCAAACAGACGCUGUUCUGUCGCUGGACGAGGAUGCCAUACUCAACACGGAUGAACUGGACUUUGCCUACACCGUGUGGCGGGAUUUCCCGGAGCGCAUUGUGGGCUAUCCGGCUAGGGCGCACUUCUGGGAUGAUUCCAAGAACGCUUGGGGUUACACGUCCAAGUGGACGAACUACUACUCGAUUGUGCUGACGGGGGCGGCCUUCUACCACCGCUACUACAACUACUUGUACACCAACUGGCUGUCGUUGCUGCUACUAAAGACUGUACAGCAGUCCUCCAACUGUGAGGAUAUCCUAAUGAACCUGCUGGUCUCGCAUGUGACCAGAAAACCGCCGAUUAAAGUGACGCAGCGCAAGGGCUACAAGGAUAGGGAGACGGGCCGUUCACCCUGGAAUGAUCCAGAUCAUUUUAUACAGCGCCAAAGCUGUCUGAAUACCUUUGCAGCGGUCUUUGGCUAUAUGCCGCUGAUACGUUCCAAUUUGCGUAUGGAUCCCAUGCUGUAUCGUGAUCCAGUUUCAAAUUUGCGCAAAAAAUAUCGCCAGAUUGAGUUGGUUGGCAGCUAGCGUUAUGUGAAUUCUGGCAAUAGCUACAAGCGUUAAUAGUACUGAAUACAUAUACACCACACACAUACACAGUAACACACACACAUACACACACUCAUAGCCAUUUAGAAGAAAUUAAUGCUGUAUGCAAGAAACUAUGUUAAUUAUUAUUAGUAGCGAAACGAGAGACGAGACGAGUUAGUUAGGAUCCGCAGCAG